AUGAUGGAGGACUGUCCCAAUUUGCCCCAUCAGUCCUUUAUGACCCAAAUUGAAGAACUUGGAGUGGGAGUUGAGACUGGCAACAACCGUUCAUGGCAGCAGAGACUAGCAAAGUCGUACAAACCAUUUGUGAGGAAGCGAGUUCCCAUCCUGCAGUGGGCUCCCAAGUACAACGUGGAAAGUCUGCAAGGAGACGUCCUUGCAGGAUUCACUGUCGGUCUCACCGUCAUACCUCAGGGCAUUGCUUAUGCUGUUGUUUCUGGAGUGGAACCUACGUAUGGCCUCUACUCAUGCUUCAUCGGAUGUUUUGUGUACAUGAUAUUCGGGAGCUGCAAAGACGUCACAAUUGGACCUACAGCCAUCAUGUCCAUUAUGACCCACGAGUAUUUAAAAGAAUUGGACUGCGGUGAGGGCGAGACGGUCGGCCCCACUCAAGUGGCUAUAAUGCUCACCUUAAUUACUGGCAUCGUCAUCCUGCUUGCCACGGUCAUGAGAAUAGGUUUCCUGGUGACGUUCAUCGGGCGCACUGUGAUCAGCGCGUUCACGUCUGCUGCGGCCAUCACUAUCGCCACGUCUCAGGUCAAAGGGCUACUGGGGCUGUCGUUCGAGGCUGAGGGCUUCAUUCCAACAUGGAAAGCCAUAUUCCAGCACAUUAGCGAGACGCGCUACCAAGACGCUGUCCUGGGCAUCGUGUGCUGCAUAACUCUGCUGCUCCUCAAGUCCAUUAGGGAGCUGAAAGCAGCCACUCCACGUGAGGGAGAUUCAUCCAAACAACGAAUCCUGAAAAAAGCAAUUUUCUUCGUGUCUGUUGGCCGAAAUGCUAUCAUCGUGAUCAUCAGCACAUCAUUAGCCUACGGUCUGCGUGAGAGCGAACCAUUCAAGAUCACGGGUGACAUCACUGCCGGCUUCCCUAAGGUGUCGGUGCCCAGUUUCAAAGUGACGUGUAACAACGGCACUGAAGUUCUCCACUUCACUGACAUCGCGAGCCGCGUGAGCAUCGGCCUCUUCAUCCUGCCUCUCAUCGCCGUGAUUGAGAACAUCGCCAUCGCCAGCGCUUUUGCUGGCAGCAACGCCAUCGAUGCCACGCAGGAGAUGCUGGCGUUGGGUCUGUGCAACUUCACAGGCUCGUUCUUCCAGAGCAUCCCGACGACAGGCUCCUUCUCCCGCACCGCCGUCAACGCCACCAGCGGCGCCAAGACGCAGGCCAGCGGCCUCACUACGGGACUGUUGGUUAUUCUUGCUCUGCUCUUCCUCACGCCUGCCUUCAAAUACAUACCGAAGGCGUCACUCUCGGCUGUGAUCAUUUGUGCUGUGAUAUUCAUGAUAGAAUACCAUGACGUCUUGCCCAUCUGGAGGACGUACAAACUCGACCAGAUUCCCUUGUGGGCGACAUUCUUGCUGUGCGUGUUCUGGGCGCUGGAGUGGGGCAUCCUGGUGGGCGUUCUAGUGAACAUCUUUUUGCUGCUUUACCUGCAGGCGACGCCCGACGUCGUCGUCACUUUAAGGGAGACGUCGGAGGGGGGCAGCUCGGGCCUGGUGGUGGUGCAGCCCACGUUGGGCCUGAUGUUCCCGAGCGCUGAGCGCGUGAAGCGCCUGGUGUCGGAGGGCGGCUUGCAGCACCUGCCGCUGCUGGUGGUGCUCGACUGCACGCACCUUUCCGUCGUCGACUACACCGGCUCGCUGGCAAUCAAGAAUCUGUGCAAGGAGUUCAGCGCUCGCAGUCAGAAGAUCGCCUUCGCGAACAUGCGAGGUCACGUGAGGACGUCCCUGCUGGCGCUCAUCCCAAACCUGGAGGAGAUCUCGCUGCCCGCUGACCCCCCGACGCAAGUCAUCGUACAAGACACGCCCUCCGUCGGUAACUCGCCCCAGCUACUCCUCAGCCACGAGCACGAUCGUCCCGGGCAGGCGUGUCAGCCAGAUGUCGCUCCUGCCAGAGACAUCGUGCAAGACGGCGCGUCUGAGGACGCAGACGCCCGACCUCCUGAGGAGGUUCCUCUGAUGGCGAGUUCGGCUGACGAUCGACCUGCUAUUAUCGAGAAGGCUCAUCAAUGAUCGCCUCAUUAUAACAAACAAUAAUAUAUAUAAACAAAUUAUACAAACAAGAUAUACCUCAAGAUGUAGUAUAUUUUGUUUGGAUACUCCUAUAGUCAUUAAUUGGUUUCACGAAUUCCACAAAUUCUCAGAAGCUUCUACUUGAAACAGUUCCAAGCGCGAUUAAUCCACCAUUUCUGAAAACAUUUUGCCCCACACAAAAAUUUCAUUGAACUUAGGCCUAAAAUUGUAGUGUGGGUCAUUAAUGGCAUGUCAACGGUAGGCAAACUUGCAUUUGCUUACUCAAGGGCAACAAUAAAACAUUUUCUUGUUACCAAAGAAUACGAUUUAUAAUUGUACUAUUAUGCUUUAAUGAAUAAAUUAAUUAUGACUGAUUCGGCAUUACAAAUGCUAUUCAGGAAUUCUGCGAUCGAUCAAAAAAUUUCGUUUGUAAUACUUAAUUCUAAAUUGUUCUUGAAAUCGUCUUGGCUCACAUAAUGCAACUAGCUUCAUGAUUGUGUAUAUGACAAAACGAAAUUGAUUUUACUCUACCAACGCUCUAUAAUGGAAAACUAUGGAAAUUCUGAGCGUUCGAAGAAUCAACUUUUCAACGUUUCAAAAUUACCUUCAUUCUUCCCAACUUUCUCCAAUUUUGGCAUUGCGAAAUGCUGGGUAGGGAGUUUUUUCUUUAACAUUUAUCGCCUCGCGAACGCGGGACACAAGUCUUCAUCCUUAGACUUGACAAUAGAGAUACUUCUAGACAAAGAUCAGUUCUUGGCCCUGUACAAAGAAUAUCGUAAUCGAUUCAGUUUAACUAAAAUUCCCAUUUUGUAAGUUACCGAAAAAUGUCGGUCGCACUUGGAGCGACCGCUGAUUUCUGCGCUGAUGCAUAUAGGGAUAUUCCAGGAGCCCGCAGCUGCCUCUAUAUUUCAGGUUCUCGAGUGGAUAAUGGUCCUAUUCUUCUGUUUGUUGGAGUCGUUUUUAAAUUAAGUCAAUUGUGCGAGUUUCGUUUUUUUUUGUGGACAAAUUUUCAUUUAUGUUUAACUAAAGGAAUGCAGCGUACGUUAGAUGGGAGACCAAAAAUACCUUCACUGGAUGAGGUCUGGCAUCCAUCAUCCGAGGUGAUAGAGGUCAAAACUAAGGUUCUAAUGACAUUCUGAAAUGAAUUUGUGUUUUAGCAAAUUCAUUUAUUCUAUUGCUUUCUCAGUGAAACUGCAUAAAAAAGGCAAUAAUAAUAAUUUAUUUAUGUAUGUCACGGUUCGUUGUUGGAAUUUCACUGCAUUUUCUUCGUCCCUAAUCAUUGUGAUUGAUGUUCUGACGCUUAUCUGUAUGAAGAAUGGCAUUUAAAAUCGUAUCGUAUAAAUAUUUUCAUUUAAUUUUGAAAGGAGCACGUCUCCACUGCCACAGUCAUUCAGCAAAUGUGUCAUCAUCUCCUUACUUAACGUUCAUCGUUCCGGACAAAAUCGUAACCUUAUAUAGCGAAGGACUGGCACAGAACUCCAACAAUGCACAGAGCAUGAAUCUUCUGGGCAUUGUUGUUUUUCUGCAAUUCAAGUUCUUUUGUAUUUGAUGGGUUGUUGAUCAAAUCGAAAUAUUAUUACCUAGUAGUUUCAAAGGAACCUAAAUAGAUGGCAUAUUCUUCGAGCGAACAUUAUUUUCGCCACUUGGGAGACAAAGACUCUUGUUGAAAUAUUUUUCACUUCAAUAUUUCGAUUCAACUUCAAUCCUCGUCUGCUUUUAAAGUUUGAAGGUAACGGGCUCUCUAGUUCACAUGUUGAAGUCGAAGUAUAGCGCGGCAUAAACAUUGUCUGAAGCGCUUCAAAAAAUAUGGUAAAACUUCACAGCUUAGCCAUGUGAAUGAUUCAUAACAUAAAAACAAUCUUGGACAGUUGGACAAACUGUAAAACUGAGUAAUUAACACUCUAAUGCGGUACGAGUUUGUUUUCGAUCAUUGAAGAAGUCGUCAUUAAGCCAUGACAUUGUUUUAAAGUAAUUUUGCUUCAUUUAUUCAUUUCCUGUUUAACCCGUCAUAACGUUUCUCGACAGCUGUUGAGAAUCGCUAGUUUCUGUUUCCUCUCAAGAAAUGUGUCAUCUGAACUCAAAUGUAUGAUGAUGAGCUUGAACAGUUCAUUAAACGAAAAUUUACCUUAGCUUACGAAUUGUAUGUAUGAUUUUAACCGUCGAUGGGAGCCUUUCUGCUUUUAUUAAAGCUAAGCUGAUUUCUUGAACGUUGUAGAGCAUUUCCAUGCGCUGGAAGAGCAGUGAAACUUGAAAAUCUCUACGUUAGUUACUGAUAAUGAUUUGAAUAAUUAGGGAACUUUUAUUAAUUCUUUAUUAUAUACGAAAAUUUUUGUUCUUCGAGGCAGCUUGACAAUGCAAUAUCAAAAAAUUCGAUUCAACUUGCAACAUCGAUAAAUUCAUGGAUGAGUUAUCAGUUCUACGUUCUCGUGCUGCUUGUACGGUGGUAUCAGAAAGUCAAUAUUCUGCUAAUAUGAGUGCAUGCUA